AUGCAAAUUGACAACCAUUUUCGAUGUCUCGGGCAGCACCCCGCCAAUCCCUUCACCGAUCCCAUUCAAGCCUUUCUCAUCACCUAUCCGGACCCUGUUUACACACUUUGGGCGCUCAUGGGCGCCUUCUUCGCGGCCGUCGUGACCUCUUCAACUUCACAUGACCCUCAUCUAGCCCUCCUCGACGCCCUCCGUGUGCAAUCGAUAACACACCCGGACAACGUAUCCUCGACGUACGAUGCAGAGCGAGGACUCCGUACUUACAUCCAGGCCGAUGGAAACCUACACUGGCAGGCACUACCACGCUUUGGUUUGCAAUGA